AUGGGGCGAGGUCUACAAGAUCGAAGACUCCCCACGGACCAUUUUCUCCGCAGAUCUGCAAAUCCUCAGCGGGAAACUCAGCCGGGGGGAGUCUACACGUCGGCGGUCAAUUGUGCCUGAUUACGCGACACAUGAGCAGACCCGGGUUGAAAGAAAUAACGGUCGCCAGGGGCAGCCACUGAAGCUCUUUCGCAAAAUUAACCCCUAUCAGAUAAAAUAUUAAUCAUAAGUCCCUUUCUGCUCCAACGUGCUCAGGCAGUAAUCCAAAAUGUCCAUGUUCAUAAGACAAAUACCAACUAAUACGAUGGCUAAAUCGUACUUUUGCAACCGCACCCAACCUCGGCCGCUACUUAAUUAUUUGACAUCGAUGGAUCGAUAAUCCCGAAGCUCGGUCCCACUCAUUCGGGCUCUGGCUUCAAAAUUCGGCCCGAUAAUCCUUAAUGACCGACCGGCCCAAGCAGACAUGGGACAGGCUUUAUGAGAGAGAGAGAGAGAGAUAGUGGGGGAACUAUUCAUGCGUUGACCGGAGAAUUAAUUAAUAACCAUAAUAAUGGCUCUCGCAGCCGAAACCGUAAUAGCGGCGUCAACUAGAGCCAGAUCAUCACAAAGUCAAAUCAAGUCAAGUCAAGUCAACAUACGUGGCGACAGGAUGAGAACGAAUGCCCAUGUACUAAAUCGAUCACAUCACGAUACAUAUUUAGAGAGAGAGAGAUAG